CAACCAGGAGAGGUUCGGAAAGUCUGCGAGAGACUCUGCGGCCGCAUUUUCUUCUUCUCAGAUCCUGUCCUGCACUUGGCAGCAACAAGCCUUCUCCCAGAGUGUCCGAAGCAGGAGCCGGGAGAUUCCCCCCACCCCCCACCAUGGGUAAACGCGGCAGGCCGAGGAAAGAGGCGAGAUGCGGGGAGGAGGAUGGGCCGGCCGCCUCUCCAGAGCCCCAGCCUCAGCCUCAACCCCAGCCACAACCUGGGGCGCCCGUGGCAGCCCAACUCAGGUGCCCCUUCAGUGACAUCUUCAACACCAGCGAGAGCUCGGUGGAGAAACAUAUCAACACUUUCCUGCAGAAUGUGCAGAUCCUGCUCGAGGCCGCCAGCUACUUGGAGCAGAUAGAGAAGGAGAACAAAAAGUGUGAACAUGGCUAUGCCUCAACCUUCCCUUCUGUGCCAAGUCCUCGAAUGCAACACUCAAAGCCACCACGGAGACUGAGCCGGGCACAGAAGCACAGCAGUGGGAGCAGCAAUACCAGCACUGCCAACAGGUCUACACACAAUGAGCUGGAAAAGAAUCGACGAGCUCAUCUGCGCCUUUGUUUGGAACGCUUGAAAGUGCUGAUCCCACUUGGACCAGAUUGCACCAGGCACACGACGCUUGGGCUGCUCAACAAAGCCAAAGCACACAUCAAGAAACUUGAAGAAGCUGAGAGAAAGAGCCAGCACCAGCUUGAAAACCUGGAACGAGAACAGAGAUUUUUAAAGCGACGACUGGAACAGCUGCAGGGUCCUCAGGAGAUGGAGCGAAUACGAAUGGACAGCAUCGGCUCCACCAUUUCUUCAGAUCGUUCAGAUUCAGAGCGAGAGGAGAUUGAAGUGGAUGUUGAAAGCACAGAGUUCUCCCAUGGAGAAGCGGACAAUAUCAGCACCACCAGCAUCAGUGACCUUGACGAUCACAGCAGCCUGCAGAGUAUUGGGAGUGAUGAAGGUUAUUCCAGUGCCAGUGUCAAACUCUCAUUUACCUCCUAGAAUCCAGCAUGACAAAACAGUGCAGGGCAAAUUACUCAUUGGGCCAAGCCAACCCAGUUUCUUAAAGUGGGUUCAUCAUGCAGUCUCCUCUUUCAAAAAUUAUACUUGAACAAAAGGGUCCAACAGGCCUAUCUAUAAGUAGACCUCCCCCAGGAGAACCAACAUAUCAGUUGUUAUUCCUAUUGCAAAAAUCAUAAUUUCUAAUGGCAGCGGAGAAUUCAUGUGACAUGUCCUUGAUUUGAUUUGAUUGAUUUGAAAGAGGACAUUGGAGAUUCAACCCUCUGUCUUCUUUUCCAGUUCGCUCACACUGCGUUGAAUGGACACAUUUAAGGAUUGGGCUUUGGGCCCUUCUUGAGCUUUAUGAUCCUACAAAAAAAAAAAAAAUCAAACCAACCCUUAGUAAUGAAACACUAAAACAAUCAGGCAUUAAUUUUGUGUAACUGAGAGCUAUUGUAGCUCAGCCCGGGACAGCUUAUCAUGAAGCCUGUGGAUGAUCAAUUCUUUUUUUAAAGCUCAUUUCAUGCCCUGCAAAAGGAGAGACUCCCGUGAAGCCUAUUGAAAGGGAUCAUCAUGCAGCUCAGCUUUCUGUUGGACUCCAUGCUAAAGCAAGUUCUCCUCUUCCCGAAUUGUUAGCACUAGGGCCCCGAAGGGGCCAGCUCACUAGCCCACCCUGGGUGACUGAAGGAAGCCCAUUUGGGUCUGGAUUGGGGAUAGGAAGGCUCGAGCUCCACAUGCCUCCAUGUCUGCAUGGGCCUGAAGAGUUGUGCCCACAGCUUAAGCGGGCCCAGGUCUGAGCCACGGCAGCGUUUUUAUUUCCAAUUUUGAUAAAUGUUUGUAUGUGUUGAAAAACCAAACUGACAUCUUUUUAAAGCUUGUCCAUAAGAAACAUAGAUGUCUUUUAUAGUGGAAAAACACAUGGGAAAAAAUCAUCUAUUUUGAUGCAGCAUUUGAUAAUGAUCAAACACCUCACACCUCACUCUUUAUAGUGCACAAAAUGAAUGAGGUCGGGGCUAGGUAGAAAAAAGGUCAGAGCUAAUGUUUUUAGUUUCUUUUUAGAAUCAUUCCCCUUGACCAGCUUUUAACCAUCGGUACCUACACUAUCAUAGUUAACAUAGUUAAGUUCAGCACUUGUCUCAUGUAAAACUUCGCCUCCCCUUCCCUCCGGGCAGUCUCUCUCCCUCCCCGUCCUCACAGUCCCAUUGUGCAGGUGCUAUUGCUCGUAUCAAAUAUUAUCAGCAAUGUUAUUUUCUUUAAGGAGAAGUUUUUAGCCUGCACUUUGAUGUCUCGUGUUCCCCUUGUCUUGCAGACUACAAAAGUUACCCUGUCGUUUUCCUCUCUUCCCUACUUCUUCUCUGCCCCUCCAUCUCCCCUUGAAGCCUUUGUGGCAGCCUCAACCCUGACAUUGUUUGAACUUUGUAUACCUUAAGUAAUUUAACUACCCUUAAUUACUAAAAGAAUUACUUUAUGAUUUUCAUAACUUAUUGCUGAUUUUAAUGGGUUGUUAAUUUCAGUCCUGUAGAUUUAUUCUAUGUUUUAGGUAGGGCUGGGCAAGAAAAAAAAAAAAGAAAUAAAGACAACCUUAUUUAGCAGUGCAGUUGAGUUGUGUGUUAAUGUUAGAUUAUCCUGUAUAAGUAGCACUUUAACAACAUUUGCCACUCCUGUGUAUGAAAUGUAUUGUGUUUUACCAUCUUGGUCAUACAUAAGGCCUUAGGAUACACUUGUUCUUCUUGUACUCUUCUGUGCCUCCAAAAAUAUCUUACCUUGGUUAUGUGAUAUGUCUGAGUGGAAGAAAUUCUUGCAAAAUUCUUAGAUUUCUUUUUGUUUGAAUACUAAAAAAACUGCAUGUUUUGAAAACUAGAAUUCCAUUAUAAUAUGCUACUUCAGGCACCAGGUACUUGAAGGAAAAUGUGACAAAACAAAUAUGUUGCUGUGGCCCAGAUGAAGUAUUUCUGGUUUUAUUAUUAAUCUCAUUCUUGCCUGGGCCAAAUUGCUACUCUGUAUUUGCUUAUUUCUGUCUUUCUGAGAGGCACAAUUUGAUGGCUGUGUUUACUAGCAUAGAAAUCCAAUUGGAACCAUUGACUAAACUUCAAUAGCUAUUUCUAUGGCCCUGAAAUGAGUCACUUAGCCCAGGUUUGACAUUUGUGACAUUAUUCAGGUGAGCUCGAGAUGCCACCAUCUUGUUUCGUCUUCUUUGGUCGCAGUCACAAAAUGGUGAGCCUGGAAGACUUUUGUUGGGAAAGUACACUACGGAUUUCAACUGUCCCUAGACAACUCCCUUCCCUGGGUUAUUUCCCUUUUGGGGAGAAAAUUGUAUGAUGAGAAAAAAGUAUUAAUUUUUUAAAAAGACAAAUCAACUUUGAAGAUUCAAAAGUGAAAUUAAUUGUAAGAAAUAAAAUUGUUAAUGAAGAA